UAUUUAUUAUGGAUGUGCUUUGGAUUUCUUGUACUUGCGUAGUGCGUGUGCGCAUAAUGUGAUGUACGUUUUGAUCAAUGUUGACUUGUAAACAAUAGUCAUUGUUAAAUAAUUAUUGAGAUAUAAAACUGAUAAAAAAUAUUUAUAAAAGUAAUGGCAUCUGCGAGUAGUACUAGUGCUAGAUCGCUUUUCGCAGAUUCCAAGAUGCGUUUAGCAGAUAGGGUUCAAGUUAAUGUAAACAAUGUAGCCUCGCUUUCAAGACAAAUAAUACGAGGAUCAAAAAGUAGUGAGAUCUUAAUGCAUUCAGCUAAAACUAUUGCAAUGCAGGAGCAUGCUUUGGAAAACAGCGAAACUAACUUGAAAAAAUUGCAGUGGUUAUGUUGUCACUUGGGUUAUCAGCAUGAUUCUAUCAUAAGAUCAGCUCAAAAAAUUGAAGAAGUGAAGGAACAAGUUAGAGCUAUGCAAAGAUAGUGAUUAUUAUCAUAAGUAAUUAAUGUUAUUUGUGACUAUUCACUUAGCAACUGCACUAUUUAAACAUUAACACUGACGUA